AUGGCGGACGGUACAGCCAAAAGAAAGGCAAGCAACUCCGAUUCUCGGGAAAAGAAGAGACAGAAGGGCCAGUGGAAGGACCAUGAUAGGCGAAAGUCCAGUUCAAAAGGCAAACUAGCGAGUGGUGACUGUGGGAUAUUUGAAAUACCAAGUACAGGUCCAGAUCAAAAGGAUGAUUCCAUAGGUGAUGAUGAUAAUGAAGAUGUUGAUAUCGAGGAACAGAUAAGGCGAGAAGUGGAGCAGAUGCAGCCCAAGCGGUCGAAAGCACCGUUUCAGCUCAUAAACCUGGAUGUCCCAUGCCUUAUAUUUGUCAAAAUCAGCAAAGGCCUGGAUCCGGUAGAAAUUGUGCAUCGCCUAUGCAUUGAUGCCCAGACACAUCCCGAGCAGAAGAGAAGCCGUUGGGUUAAACGACUAACUCCAAUUACGUCAAUGAGGAAGAUUCUCGGGGGUGGGCUGGAAGAAUUGGCUCACGAUGUGCUGAAGCCGCAUUUUCAUUCUGGCGGCCCUCCCAAAAAGUACGCCAUUCGGCCUACUAUCCGUAACAACUCGGAUUGCCAUAGAGAUUCGGUCAUUAAACUCAUUGCUGGUAUCGUUGGGAGUGAACAUUCAGUGGAUUUGAAGAACUAUGACUUGUUAAUUCUUGUCGAUGUUAUUCAGACAAUGUGCGGCAUGAGCGUGGUCGAAGGUGAUUAUGACGAAUUAAAACGUUAUAACCUCGCUGAGAUAUAUUCUCCAACGCCACGUCCGGGAAUGAUGCCGGAAAAGGAUCCAAAAGGGGAUUCUAAGGAAGAGCAAAAGGAAGCUUAA